AUGGCUCAGCAGGGAGUUCAGCUGGACCAGGACCAGUUCUGUUGUUCUGUCUGUCUGGAUCUACUGAAGGAACCAGUCACCAUCCCCUGUGGACACAAUUACUGUAGAAACUGUAUUGAGGGCUGCUGGGAUCAGGAUGUUCUGAAAGGGGUCUAUAGCUGUCCUCAGUGCAGAGAGACCUUCACUCCAAGGCCUAAUCUGAGGAAAAAUAACAUGUUGGCUGAGAUGAUGGAGAAACUGAAGAAGACAGAACUCCAGGCUGCUCCCCCUCCUGCUCUGUGCUAUGGUGGACCUGGAGAUGUGGCGUGUGACGUCUGCACUGGGACCAGAAAGCGGAAAGCCCUCAUGUCCUGUCUGCCGUGUCUGGCCUCUUACUGUGAGACUCACCUCCAAUCUCACUAUGAAUCUCCUGCUUUGAAGAAGCACAAGCUGGUCAAAGCCACCGCACAACUACAGGAGAAGAUCUGCUCUCAUCAUGACAAACUGCUGGAGGUUUACUGUCGUACCGAUCAGCAGUGUAUCUGUUAUCUGUGUACAAUGGAUGAACAUAAAGGCCAUGAUACAGUGUCAGCUGCAGCAGAGAGGACUGAGAAACAGAGGCAGCUGGGGAUGAGUCAGCAGAAGGUCCAGCAGAGAUUCCAGGAGAGAGAGAAGGAGCUGAAGGAGCUCAGACAGGCUGUGGAGUCUCUUAAGCGCUCUGCACAGGCAGCAGUGGAGGACAGUGAUCAGAUCUUUACUGAGCUGAUCUGCUCCAUUGAGAGAAGGAGCUCUGAGGUGAAGGAGCUGAUCAGAGCCCAAGAGAAGGCUCAAGUGAGUCAAGCUGAAGGACUCCUGGAGCAACUGAAGCAGGAGAUAGCUGAGCUGAGGAAGAGAAGCACUGAGCUGGAGCAGCUCUCACACACAGAGGAUCACAUCCAUUUCCUCCAGAGUUAUCAGUCUCUCUCCAGUAUAAGUGUAUCUUCAGACUUACCCAGCAUCGUUGGCCGUCCUCUUCAGUACUUUGGAGAUGUGAGUAAGACUGUGUCUGAACUGAGAGAGAAACUAGAAGACUUCCUUAAAGGAGAAUGGACCAAGAUCUCCACUACAGUGAAUUUAGUGAAUGUUGUACUGCCUCCAGAGCCCAAGACCAGAGAACAGUUGUUACAAUCCCCACCUCUCUGGCAGAACCAGGAAGUACCUCCCCCUCCACACAAACUAUUUUCUGAGAAAACGAAACUGAUCUGAGUCUCUGUGUCGUCUGUCUGUGUGAGAGUGAACAACCGUCCAAAUGGCUCAGCAGGGAGUUCUGCUGGAACAGGACCAGUUCUGUUGUUCUGUCU